AUAUUUUCUCAGCCCCGUAGCCAGCCAUAGUCUCCACCACCCCCAACCCUUUUUGGCCCUUCUAUCUUUCUCCCUCUCCAAUGCCCUCCAUCAAAAGCUAAAGCCUAAAGUAUUCUUUUUUUUUUUCUUAAAGCCAAAAGCGAAAGCGAAAAAGAAACUCCCAAUAUCACUCCCUCCCCUCCGAUCCCCCCGAAUCAAAGCAACCAUCACAGCGAGCACCGGCGAGCGUGAGAAAGAGCGAGAGAGAGAAAGAAGAACGAGAACAAUGCCGCCCCAGAUCCUCUUCCUUCUCCUAGUACUACUCUUUGGCCAAAUCUCUGUCCUGCCGGGCCUGCCCGGCCUUCCCGUCAUGCCCGACCCCGACCCGGCCGCCAUCCAGCCGUCCCUCCUCUUCCCUACCUCCUCCCCGCCCGCCACCAUCCCGGCGUUCCCCGAGCAGUCCGACGUCGCCGGCGCAGCCUGCCCCCUCGACCUGCCCGACGAUUUCCUCCCCGCCGUCUCCGCCACCUGCUCCACCUCCGCCGCCGGCCGCCUCCCCUCCCGCUCCCGCUGCUGCCCGGUCCUCGCCGCCUGGCUCUACGCCGCCUACUCCGCCACCGCCCUCUCCGCGCGCCCCCUGCCCGCGCCACCCGCCCUCGACCUCCCCAUACUGCCCGACGACUCCGAGGCCUGCAUCGGUGGCGUCGAGCGCGCCCUCCGCGACCGCGGCGUCCGCCUCCCCCGCGUCAACGGCACGUGCGACGCCGCCUACUGCUACUGCGGCAUCCGCCUCCGGAGGCUCACGUGCGCCGGGGGGGCGUCCGGCGCGGAGGGACGGUGGGUUCCCCCGGGGGACGCCGCGCGCCGCCUGGCGCGCGACUGCAGCCGGCCCGGUCUUGCCGGUUGCUCCCGCUGUCUCCGGACCCUCAACCAUCUGAAGAGCAAAGUGGAGAAAGGCGGUAACGGGACCAGCGUAGGCAAGAGAGAGGGCGGGACUCGGAACCGGGAGUGCCAGCUCAUGGGGGUGACGUGGCUCUUGUCGAAGAAUCGGACCCACUACCUCCCCGCCGUCACCUCCGUCCUCCGUGCCCUCAUGGCCGCCGACGCCACCGGCGCCGCCUCCGACCCCACGUCCUGCUCCCUCCCCCGCGACACCAUGCCUCUGGCCGUCGACUCCGCCCAGAUCAACGGCCAGUCCGCCGCCUCCGCCGUCGUCCGAUCACCGUUAACGUCGAACCCUCUUCAUCUCCUCAUAAUAAUUCCCUUAAUCCUCUCAUCUUUCUUCUAAUACUAAUUUGGUACGUCCAAAAACAUUAAAAAAAAAACACUCGUCCACUGUAAUUAUAUGUAAUCUAUGUGGUUGUAGGUCAUUAAAAUCCCUUUCUUUCGGUUGCUAGUUAUCAUGGUUUCAUGUGCUGAGAAUCUUUGUAGGGCGACUGGGGCCUUGGUGGGUGCAGCGUGGCGUGCGAGUUUGUGGUGCGCGCUGUUAAUUUCCAUGGACUUGGUAUCAGUUCUUGGAAGAUGCUUCUGAGUGUUGUUGUUGGGUAGAUGUAGAUCUAAAUUCUGGGCUCUUUUUGGCUUGUUUAUUUUUGUUUUGGAAGUAAACAGAGGCUGAAACUGGGCUCUUUUGGCUGCUGCUGGAAACGAGUGCCAUCUUAUAUUUGGUAGUAUCCGAGACUGGGUCCCUUGAAAUGUCCUGGAGUUCAAUUGGAAAAUACAUGGGGAUCUGCCAAGCUGGUAUGACUUGGUUUUACAGUCUCAUGUUGCAUGCAUGGCUUGAUGAAUCAGACAAAACUUGCACCAAGAAAAAACCCGUGACUUUCAUCUAAAUGAUGCCUUCGUUGGCAUGAAAUCGACCCCUUUUCUACAUUUAUAUGAUUGCUAUGGCUCAACUUAAGCAUGGGGAAAGAUUUAGAUCAUGACCAUAUAUUACAAUGACAUGAUUUGUACCAUAUGUGGCUAAUGAAUGGUGAAUUGUUGAUGCAUGGUGGAAUAUAUGUGGGUGAUCAAAUUACGAUGGAGAUAUUUGGAGCCAGAAAGAAUUUGAUCUCCUCCUGGUUGACUUGCAUUACACCCUACAGUGGUGGCAAGUCAUUUCAUUCAUGUUGAUGGGUCAUGUGGCAUCACUAGUCACGGCUUGGAAGUUGAGCUUGUCCGCUACAAAUUAAUACUGUGUUGGUGUAGCUUGCAGGUUAUAUAUGUUAUCUUGUUUUGAUCUCUUUCCUUA